CAUAGACGAUCGGCGCGUACAGAUUCGAGAUUUUCGUUACAAGUGCGAAUGCAAUGGGUUCCGCUCACUACGGUUUAGUGGCACUAGUUCUAUUGGCUUAUCAUUAUGGGAGUUUAGCGCAAAUAUCCACUUUUAGUGGAGGCGCACCCGGCGGACUUUUUGGCUCGGGCGGCGAAAGCGACGGCGAGCUCAGCGCCGGUGAUAAUUCUGGUUCUGCCGGCGAGUCGAACGGCUACCUGCCGCCUCUCGGAAGCUCGUCCUCUAGCAAUGUGCCCGCUUUCUCUCAGCCCCCCCAGAAACCCCAGGACUCCGGAAAUGAUAUCGCACCCAGCAACAAUCCCCAGCAAUUUGCAUUCCCACCAAUACAACCGCAAGUCGGAUGCGCAGCUGCCUUAAUUUGCGUUGAAGAACAGUUUUGCAAUUUGAUCGGAACGAUUAGUGAAACGCCAGUUGUACUUACCAAAGAGCAACUACUAAGACGGGUACCCCUAGUCGACUGUAAAAAUCCCGACAAUGGAAUAAUUGGCAAAUGUUGUCGCGAUCCGAACUACGUUGACCCUUGGCCAGCAGGAAAUUUGCCCGCAAAUUAUAGCGGUGGCUUCGACGAUCAGGGAUUCCCUACAUUUCUCAAUCUUUCAAAGAACAAGCCGAAGAAGCCCGUCGUAAAGCCCAGCGAAUCCUUCCAACAGCCAUUCCAGUCCAACAAAAAGCAGCCCAUUAAAUUCGCCUCUCCUCAGCCACAAACUUUCUCAUCGGUGAAUCAAAUAUCCACUCACCUUCAACCCCAACCCAGUUUCCAGAAUACAAAAGUAACAGCCGAUCAGUUCAAGCCGUUCCAAGACUCUGCAAAUACUCAACAGCAGCCACGACCAUUUCAGCCUCAGAAUUUUGAACGACCAGAUGCAUUUAAGCAACCACAACAGUUCCAACAACCAGACCUAUUCAAACAGCCCCAACAAUCCCACAAAGCCCAAUUCUCAAAGAACUCGCAGUACCCCGAUCAACCAAAUCAAUAUCAUCAAUUCCAAAGACCCCAGAAAACUCAGCAACCCGAGGAAACUGGCAGAUUUCAAUUACAACAACCUCAACCAUUCCAACAAUCUUAUAAGCCAGAUCUAUCCCAGCAAUUAUUACCCGUUGAAUCUCAACGACCACAGCAAUAUAACAAUCAGCCUGUGAAACUCAGUCAAUCGCCACAAGUGGAAAAAACUUUCAAUUUCCCGAGUUUGCCUGCCCUACAGGAUAUUCCUAAUCAAAUCACUAAUCAGUUAUCCAACCUAAACCCAUUCAGACCUCAGCAACCCACCGAGAAACCCCAAGUAACCAACAUUAUUAAUAACGCAGACAACAUAUUGCCUGUUAAUUUGCCCUCGACGACUAAAAAGCCUGGUUUCUUCCAAAAUUUCCCUAAUUUGCCUAGUUUUCCUGGAUUUGGAAAAGGACACGAUAGCUCACCAACCAAUGAAAGUCCAGUUAUAAUUUCACCUCAUACACCUGGCGCACAGUGCGGAAUAAUCAACCAAGUAUAUUUGAACUCAUUAUUACUCAAUUCUGUGAAACAGACGGGCGUACGCAGCGACGUUGAAGUCGCUUUCGGAGAAAUUCCCUGGCAGGCAAUGAUUCUCUCUAAUACUGAGAAAAAGCUGCUUUGCUCGGGUGUUAUUGUCGCACCCAAUUUAAUUCUCACCGCUGCUAAUUGCGUUUACGGUCUGAAUCCGGACGAAGUGUCGAUAAAGGCUGGAGAAUGGAAAUUGGGCUACGAUCUAAAGCACGAAGAACCCCUGCCCUUCGAGAUCGUCCAGGUCGACUCGAUCGUUCCUCAUCCGAACUACCAACCUGGAUCGCCCAGUUUCGACACUGCUUUACUCUUCCUGCAGAGCCCGAUAAAACUUGAUCUUCAUGUAGACACGAUCUGCAUUGGUGACGCACCUGCUGUUACACCGCAGAGAAAGUGCAUCUCAACUGGAUGGGGCAAAACCAUUUUACAGAUUCACGCAGCCGGUGCGCUUAUGCACAAGAUAAACGUCGACGUUCUGAGCAACGCCCAAUGCAGGCAAAGACUCCAGGUCGCUGAAUCCUCCAUUGACAUCGACGACAGCCUCGUCUGCGCCAAGGCUCAUAAACAAAACAACAACUUGUGCCAGGUCGACAUUGGCGGUCCUCUUGCUUGCGACCGUGGCGACGGUAAUUACGAGCUUGUCGGCGUUUACAACCAGGACACAGGUUGCCUUCCGACCAAUCAGGUCGCGACCUUCGCACUCGUCGAUACCAAGUGGGUCAAAUCCAUGAUCGAAUCACCGGCGGCUCCCCCGAGCCAAGCCAUCUACGGCAGCAAAGCUACGCCCAUCGAAAAUCAACGUGCCCAGGAAACGCCCUCGCGUCUUCACUACCACCCUAGCCAACCCGACGUGCCCUGCGACUGCCAGCAGGGUACCUUACCCUCGGGUGCCAAUCAGUAUCUACCUCCAGUAUAAAAAGCCUAUCCUGAGCGCAGCGAAUGACUGAGCAGCGAUCGUGAGGAUUAAGACGCAGCCUUUGACCAACGAAGUAUAUAAAUCGCCGAUGCAAUAGCUACGGCGCUCCUUUUCUUCGUGUCGGGACUCUCGUGUUGUGUCUUUUUCUCCUUGGGACAGCCACCGUUGCCACGAAAUAAACCAAGAGAGCGGGCUUAGAGUAAUUUCUUAGAUAAUUUCUUAUUAUAGCCUAUUGGAUGCCUUGUAUGUCAUAUAUCGAACAGUGCAUCCGUUAGUUUCGAUUGUGAAUUUCACAUUUUGCUUUGGUUGAGGCGCGUUUUAUGACCCAAUUGAAAACCGAAUGUAGGUUGAAUCGUAAAUUGCAAUCACCGAAUUAACCGAGAUUCGGAAUAAGAGCCCAAAUUCGCGUGUCCAUUUAUUUAUUCUAAGUUUCGUUUUCUCUUUGAAUACAAUACCGGAGCUGGGGAGCUGGGGAAAAACAAUUGUUAAUAUCCUAAGAAAUAAUAUUCUUUAUAUUGUCUGUUAAACUAUAUGAUAAGCAAUUUUAAUAAUACGAGAGAAAUUCUAUACAAUAUAUCUUUUACCACGUGUUCAAUAAUGUAGUAGAAAAAUAUUUUUUUUUUAUACACGCUAAAAAGUUAACGGGACUUGUAACUUUAACAUAAUUU